CUUUUCAAGGAUUCAUAUUUUAGUGCGCCCAAUGCUGUUCAAAGGUACAGGGAUUCAGAGUACUAAUAUAUUGUUGUUAUCCAUUCCAAUUGAUGCAAUUUGCCCUUGAGAGAGGAGCAGAGCAAGGAUAUAGACUCAUCAGAUGUAUGACUGAGUUUUGAUCUGAACUUUACAAACUCAGCAGCCACUUCUCUCUCUCUCUGAUAAUGAAGGCGAUGGAGGAGUCGGAACUCUGCUUUCCUCAUCUUAACACCUCAUGUAGGAGGACAAUACGUCCUCACUUGGAAGCCACACUCAUUUUCAGCCUGCUGUCCUGCAUCACUGUGAUCACUGUGGUUCUGAACCUGUUGGUCAUCAUCUCUAUCUACCACUUCAGGCAGCUUCACACCACCACCAACCUCCUCCUCCUCUCUCUGGCUGUUGCAGACUUCCUUGUAGGUUUCCUGCAGAUGCCAGUUGAAAUCCUCCUCUUCCAAGACUGUUGGAUGCUGGGCAACUUUCUUUGUGCUGUAAAUUACUUUUUAGGUUACCUUAUUAUCAGUGUUUCAGUGGGAAACAUGGUUCUCAUAUCAGUUGACCGCUACAUAGCUAUUUGUGAGCCCAUGUUUUAUUCCACCAAAGUCACUCUGAAAAAAAUUCAAAUCUGCAUUUGUCUAUGUUGGAUCUUUUCUGCUGUCCACAGCAGCUGGAUACUUAGGGAUGUUCUGAAACAACCAGGCAGGUAUAAUUCCUGUGAUGGAGAGUGUGUAGUUGUAAUUAAUUAUGUUGAAGGAGCUUUUGACUUUGUUGUGACCUUUUUUGGCCCCAUAACUGUCAUCAUAGUUCUAUAUAUGAAAGUAUUUGUGGUGGCUGUGUCUCAGGCUCGUGCCAUGCGCUCCCACAAUGCAGUUGUUACACUGCAGCUUUCAAAGACAGUAACUGCUAAGAAAUCUGAAAUGAAAGCAGCCAGGACUCUUGGUGUUGUUGUAGUUGUGUUUGUUCUGUGUUCAUGUCCAUAUUAUUGUUUCACUGUUGCAGCUGAGAACAACUUGGUAUCCGGGUCAUCUGCAGUCAGUGAGAUUUGGCUUUUAUAUUUUAACUCCUGUCUAAACCCUAUGAUCUAUGCCUUUUUCUACCCCUGGUUCAGAGAAUCUGUCAAACGCAUUAUUACACUUCAGACACUGAAGCCUGGCUCACGGGAUGGAAACAUACUCUAGAGAAAGACAUUGAUGAAGUGAUGGAAAAGUAUGUGAAGGGGAAAUUGUUUUUCAUUUUCAUUUACACAUCAUAAAGUCAGGAUAAUUAAAAAAGAUAUGGAGAAAUGAAUGUGUGUUCAGUCAG